AAAUGGAGGGAUGGCAUGGCUGAAAAACAGAGCAAAAGCACAGCUGCAACUGCAAUGGAAGGGUCCCGGAGAGGCAAGGCGACCAAGGACGAAGAGGAUGGCAGCAGCAGCGGCGGCGGAGUGAAGUACAGGGGAGUGAGGAGGCGCCCAUGGGGGAAGUUCGCUGCGGAGAUACGGGACUCGGCCAACCAUGGCGCUCGCAUCUGGCUCGGGACAUUCGACACUGCAGAGGAGGCCGCCAGGGCCUAUGACAGGGCCGCGUACGCAAUGCGGGGUCCUCUCGCCAUCCUCAAUUUCCCUCACGAGUACCCAAACUCGUCUGGCGGCUAUAGCCAGUCAGGUCAUACGUCCUCAGCAGCAUCCUCCUCUGCUGCCCAUGGAACGGUGUUUGAGUUUGAGUACUUGGACAACAAGGUGCUGGACGAGCUGUUGGAUUUCGACGAUGAUAAUACUAAGAAGAAGUGAUCGUAUCUGAUAUGGAUUUGCCCUUAAUAGUAUUAAUAACAGGGCCCACUUGAUAAACCCCCAUGAUCGGUUAGGGGACAUACCCAUAAGAAACUACUGCAUAUUUGGUGUGCCAUACAUGGAAAAGGGCAACUAAUUACUUUCACUAA